AUGGACGAUGUCCCUGAUGUCCCCGAUAUUCCAGAGGAGCUUGAAGACAAGGAAAUUCUAUUCUCUGGCGAUUUCACCGCUGAAGAGCUUUCAGCUCGAGCCGAACUCUACGAAAAAAUAAAUGUCGCAGUCAACGGAUAUAUGAACGUUCCGUUUGGCAGUUGGGACUGUCUUACCUUUCAAUUACGCGAGAUAAACUACAAAAUCCGGUUGAACGAACUGGAAUGUCGCGUCAGCGAAAGGAUUUUCGCACCAGCGGAGGACAGUGUCGAGUUUGCCAGAAAAGUGAAGCAUUAUCGUGAGGAGCAGCUUGUCUAUUUCGGAGAGCGGGAUCGCCUUGGAAGAGAAAUGUGGCACCUAUUUCGAAACACCAUCGGAGAGAAGCCGGAUGCCAAACGCGCUGAAAAUCGCCAGGCUAAAUUUGCGGACCUAGUUUUGUCCUUGACGGAAGAUAUUACCCCGGAAGAACAACAGACCUUUGUGAAUAACCUGGAAAACGCAUACUGCCCUGAAGGCUCGCCGGAGGGCGAAGUUUGGUGCCCUAUUGCGGUGGGCUGGAUAAAAAAAUCAGACGUGGGUGCAGCCCACAUCUUCCCGACCAUAGCUGGACAGGGAAACAUGGUUCUUGUUUUCGCGGAGGGCCCUGAUAUUGAUAUCAACGGGGCCAAAAAUGGACUUUUCUUACCCCCGCGUGUCAAGGAGGCGUUUGAGAAGUUCCAGAUUGUCAUCAUACCGGAGGAUGUUAGCGCCAAUCCCCCAGAGUUCGAGUUCAGAGUCCUCGAUACGUCUCUCCAUUCUCAAAUGGGGACUCAGGAUAUGACCUUCAACGAAUUGAACCAAAGAAAACUCAUAUUCCAACCGGAAAAUGCCUUUAGGCCGAGUAUGCAGUAUCUUCACUUUCAUUUUGCUGUGGCUAUGCUGCUCAGGUCGAGGAGGGGAGGGGCUUCUGACAAACUACCGGACUGGGUGACCUCUGGGCUCAGGGGCGUCUGGGAGGACCCAACUAUUAUUAUAUGCGAAGAUCUGCUUCUGGGUUUUGUUCAGGCACUCGAGGCGUAUUGGGAGGAAUCUGAGAGGGACAGAGCAGAAAAACAGCGGCUUUUAGAAGACGAUGCUGAGAACAAAAUGUGA